UGACGUAGGGGCCGGUGAGCUGGAGGCAGCUAUGGAGGAGUCUAUGACAGCGCUGAGUGUCCUGCUGGCUGUCACCGUGCGCUGGGCUGUGUCCCUGUACCCGUACUCAGGGGCCAGGAAACCACCAAUGUAUGGAGACUAUGAGGCCCAAAGGCAUUGGCAGGAAGUAACCCUCAAUCUCCCGGUGAAGCAAUGGUACUUUAAUUCCACUGACAAUGACCUUCUGUACUGGGGUCUAGACUAUCCCCCCCUGACAGCCUAUCACAGUCUUCUCUGUGGUUACUUAGCUCACAUGAUCAAUCCAGACUGGGUGGCGCUGAAUUCGUCGCGAGGAUACGAGAGCCAUCACCACAAGCUGUUCAUGCGAGCGACCGUUUUAGUUGCGGACCUGAUGGUGUACAUCCCUGCUGUUCUCUUGUACUGUUCACACCUGCAAGAAACAUCCUCGAAAAGAAAAGUCCUCUCUCUGUUCUGCAUUUUGCUCUAUCCCGGACUCAUCCUCAUUGACUAUGGACAUUUUCAAUACAACUCUGUCAGUCUUGGUUUCGCCCUGUGGGGGAUCAUCGCGUUGUCGCGUGGCUGCGAGGCCUUGGGGUCGCUGGCAUUUUGCCUCGCCCUUAACUAUAAACAAAUGGAACUUUAUCACUCGCUCCCUUUCUUCUGUUUCCUCCUCGGGAAAUGUAUCAAGCAAGGAAUCAUGGGCUGGGGGCUCCUUCUUCUGCUGAAGAUCGGGGUGACGGUAAUGGCCGCCUUCAGCCUCUGUUGGAUCCCGUUCUUGACAGACAUAGAACAAAUCCUUCAGGUCCUCAGAAGACUUUUCCCGGUGGGCCGCGGCCUCUUUGAGGAUAAAGUUGCCAACGUUUGGUGCAGUCUCAGCGUCGUGUUCAAAGUCAAGAAUGUUUUAUCUCCGGAGACUCAGCUACAGCUCAGUCUGGUCUGCACGGUGCUGGCUGUGUUACCCUCCUGUAUCAAGCUGACUGCGCGGCCGACUAUCAGGGGGUUUAAACUCUCCUUGGUGAACUGUGCUUUAUCAUUUUUCUUGUUCUCCUUUCAAGUCCAUGAAAAAUCCAUUCUCCUGGUGUCACUGCCGGCCUGUUUGCUCCUCAGCGAGGUUCCUCUGAUGGCGACCUGGUUUCUGCUCACAUCAACGUUCAGUAUGCUUCCGCUCUUGCAGAAAGAUGGCUUGGUGAUGGCGUACGUGAUCACUACUCUCAUCUUCCUCCUGGUGAGCGCGCCCUUCCUGUCGUCUCACGAAAAGACGUCUGAAGAUCGCCUUAAGGUCAAGCCGUUCUGCACUUUUGCACGGAGAUACAUCCCCUGGUUUAGAAUCAACGAAUCUCUGGUGAAACUGCUGUUCUUCUCCUCCGUGUUGGUGAUGGCAGCGCUGACCAUCGCGAUCUCUACCUUGGCUCCGCCCCCCACGCUCCCCGACCUCUUUCCAGUCCUGAUAUCUGGCGUUUCGUGCCUUCACUUCCUAAUGUUCUUCUUCUACUUCAAUAUCGUUCAGCUGUGGGAUAAUGUGGGAGAAACAAAGAAGAAGAAAAUAUCCUAAUUAUUUAUUUUU